UCACAGUGCAGACUCUUACAACACAGCAGAGAAAGAGAGGAGGACUGCGCAAGGACUUCAGACUUUUUUUUUGCUGGUCGUAUUCAUCUUAUUCAGAAUUUUACAUCAGACAGUUUUGAUCUCUUUUCAGACCAUUACUACAUUUGGAGUACACUAGAAGAAGUCUUCAUUGGGCCUCCAAACAGCUUUCGAAGUUUUAAGAUGGGCUGUACCACAGGGCAGCUAGCAUGCCAGCCCCAGCCGUCUUCAAACACCAACCAGGAGGGACAGUCUCAGGAGGCAGCGGCCAAAGUCCCAGAUGCCCUGUCUUCUUUGGAGAGGCUUUCUCAGGCCACAGGGGGCAUGGAGAAAUCCUGGUACCGCUGCAUCUUCCCCUUUGGAAUCAUAUCACUGGUGAUUGGUAUAGCUGGGACAGGUGUGACCUACACCUAUAAUGACCUCCCUCAAACAAAGGUAGUGUCUGUGAUCUUGCUGAUUGUUGGGCUGGUCCUGGUAGUAAUGGCUACUGCUUGUUGGACAGCGCAUAAGAAGAAACGCAGGAAAAAGAAAGAAGGAACCCCCUUUACCAAUGAACAGUGUCCCCUGUGAGAAGAGACCAGAUGGAUGACGACGUUUUUAAUUGACAGGAAGUUGCCACCUUGCCUUUUGUUUAGCAUUUCUUUCUGCAAACUUUGUUGAUGUGUUCACUCAGGUAGCAACAGUGUGAACAUGCAAAUAGGAAAAUGUGUUCAGGACACCCCCAGAGAGCAAUGGAACCAACUAGAAAAAUAUGAGGGUUCACAUUCAUGGUUUACUGCCACUGAGCAAGUGUCUAGUGUCAAAACAACUCCAGAGCCACAUGCACAUUUAAGACACUUUACGCUUGGGCAGUAACACCAAGCCACUGCUGAAGUUCGUGCUGCCGUCAACACAGCUGUCAGUCCCCUGCAUUCCUGUCCUUGGGGGCGAAUGGUUCCCUAAGGCUAGCAAAGAAAUGAUCCAGAGAGAGCAACCGGACACCGCGACGAAAAGCAGAAGUGUAACCCCGUAAUCGUCACACGUCAUUCUCUUGUCCUGUGACACUACAGCAAUGUGUGAGCUUUAUUUACGCAAUGGGAGAGUGGAACCUGAGCUGAGUUUCAGCUAGUUCUUACUGGUGAGAGAGAGAGAGGCAGAAUUGUGUGUAUGUGUAUGCGUGUGUGUAGCCAGGAAACUGAAGAACAUCAAGCAUGGUGCACGCUCUUCCACUUUCUCAGUCCGAUGUCAGGCUGGGUGCAGUGAUUUGCGUGCAGAUCAGUAACCAUGUUCCUGGAAGCCUACCUUUUUACUGAAUUCAGUUCCUGUAUCAGACUGACUACCCGUAGCAUGUAUUUUUGGUUUUUUAUUUUCUUCAGGGUUUUUAGCAUUCUCACAUCCGUUUAUUUAAACCUCCUUUUUGUGAAGUGCGUGCAUCUUAUCAUUCUCAGACCCUUGCUAAGCAAAGCAGCCUUCGAGGAACAUGUACAUGGAAAAGGUUUGAAUAUCAAACGAAAACCAUUUUUGGGAUGGGAUUUGUUGGUGAAAAGCAAGUAGUGUCUUCACAGAUUUCAUUUCCCAUUCUCACAGAGAGUGAUAUUACUGAAGGAGUAAAAAAACAAGAGAGUACCAGAUGUCAGCACUCACAUUCAGAGUUUACUUCACUCCUGUGCCUUGAGCAAGUGGGAAUCAAGCGGUAUACAGUACCUUUUCAGCACAGUUGUCUUUGUCCUUUGCUCUUCACAAACUCAUCUGCCAACAAGCUAAUCCUGAUUCUUGUGCCAUUGCUGGCUUAAGGAGUUACCUUCCAUCAGCUCCCCCUACCCUUCUCUUUAACUCUCAGCUCAUAAAUCCCAUUGCUCCAGUUCCAUAAACUGCCAUCGAUCCAGCAUUUCACAUCCAUCCCCAUGGCGGAAAUACCAAUCAUUACACCAUGUCUGGAUUUGUCUCAAUUUAAAGAAAGACCUUCACCCAGGUUGGUAAACAAAUAUCUGGUUAAUGGACUGGACUAUGUUGGCUUUCCAACAGUAGCAAUCAUUAUUUAUUGUAUGUAUUUCUUACAGAUAAAUGAGUAGGUUUGUGAAAUAUUGAGAGUGUCAUUCAUCCGUUCAGCUCUAGUUGUAUCCUGAGAAAUAAUUUGUCUAUUAAUUAUGAAUGGUAGAUCUAUUCAAGGGAAGAAUGUUUUUCCCUUGUACUAUAAAACUGUUCGAAAAAUUUAAUCAUUAAUAUUCAGGAUAAAAAUGAUUCCAUAGUAUUAAGUAGUACUAAGUUUACUUGAAGAUCAGAACUUUCCUGUCCAUUCAGUAAAAAAAAUUAUUCCAAGGAGAACUAAUAAUAGCAUCAAUGAAAAGGAAAGGAACGUAGGCAGGAUACACUUAGGAAGACAGUUAAUGAACAAGAUCAUCUUCAUCAGUCUACAAUCAAUUGGUCAGAGCUUUUGUACAGUGGAAAUUCUAAUAAUAAUAAUGGGAGAUUGUAGUCUUAAACCUAUUUUAACACCAUCAUUUGCAACCCUUUUUUAAAAUCAUUUUUUAAAUCAUGUAUUUAAAAGAACAUUUCAAAUUUUCUCACAGAAUUGUCUCUCUGUGAACUCUAACUGGUAAACUAUUCCUGCCUUUGUAUUUAAAAAGGAAAGGUGUGCCUUGUAAACGGCAUUGGGGAAAACAAUAUGCAUUGGUGUUUUUAACAAUACCGAACACUGCUACUGCAUGAUAUACGUAGUGCAUUUAACUUUAAGUUCAAUUCUGACACUGCUUAUAUUGAAAUAAUUGUAGGGACCAGGUGUAGUAGAGUCAUGUAUCACUGAGCUAACCAGUUCCCAGAGAUAUAAAAGCAAUUAUAUAGACUGGUAAAACACAGGGAAGUGUUUGCAAAAAAAAAUAAUAAAUAAAUAAACAGCUGUGGUAUGAAAUUGUGAGUAAAGGAUAUUAAGCAGCCAUUUAAAGAACAUCUGAGUAAUCAUUACCUGAUCAUUAUCUUAAAACCUAGCUCAGUGGCUGCUAAACUGUGACUGGAAGGUUGAGGAUCCUCUAAGCAGUAGUAAUAGUAAUAUUAGUCUAACAAUCUCUUAUAUCUGUGCCAUGGGAGAUGGUGUAGAGUAGCUGCUAGACAGUAAACAUGACACGGUGAUCUUUUCCUAUGUGCUAAGGGUUCUGUUAAGUGUGGAAUUAUCAGCUGUGGUGAAUGGCUAUUCCAUUCGGGUCAUGACUUGGCCUACAUUCUUUACAUGCAGACAAGGUGAGAUUAAAAAAAACCCAGGGAAAUACAAAGCUGCAAAGAGCUGAGCAAUUUCAUUGAGGAAAAAACAGUGUGGAAGGAAUCUGUCGCCUGCUUGCAAUGCAGAAAGAUUAGUAGUCAGGCAUCUAUAUGUAUCUCUCUCCUCUCUCUCUCUCUCGAUAUGCUGCCACCCUCUCAUGCCCAUCACACCCCAGCCAUUAUUCAUUCAUUCAGCCAUGGCUUUGCAAAUGCACUCUUGAGCUGUAUAUUCAAACUGUAGCCGAUAAUACAAUGUUAUAAAUGACGAUGUUGUUUUCAAAUCAUGUUUUGUACAAUAAGGAAUGUGAGUGUUGUCUAUAACUUGUUUAUUCUGCUGCUUGGAAAGGAAAAUUGUAAAAUCUACCUCUUUUUCUCUGGGGGUAUACUUUAUUAGAUUGGCCUUUAGUGUGCCUAUACACUGCAGAAUAUUGACCGUUACUAGCUGGAGCUGAUUAUAUGCCAAUCUGUAAUCUGUAAUGUAUUUUGCUUUGUAAAUAUCAACUUAUAUAGAUAUUUAUAUAUUUAUACUCAUAUUUAAACACAUUUUGAAACUGUAUUAAAGAAAUGUGAACAGAGAUUGACCUUUUGUGAUUUUUAGGAUGUUAUGAUUAAAAAAAUAAAUA